UUUACGAAACAUUUCCAACAUCAAAUGAUGCUGACAUAACAGAAGAGACCUCAAUAUCUACCAUGUUUUAAAAGCUGAGGGAAACUUUUAUAUGAAAACGAUGUAUUAGAUUCUUUCUAUGAAUCUCUGGUAGAAUUCCUGUGAAACAUUUGCUCUGAAAUAAUAUUAUUCACAAAAUUUGUGAACAUCAGUCACUGGAGUGUCAAGAAGAGGUGCCCAUGUACUAAUUAAAGUUAGAUAAAUUUAUGCAAGUGUUGCUAAAAAAGGGUAACACUGGAUAGAAAUAGAGCAGUAAAAGUGUUUGUAAGAUAUAAAGUACAAGAACAAAAGGAAGAAAAAUAUAUAAACUGGGAUUUGAGAGAGAAAGUAAUAGAAGAGAGUGAGAAAAUUAUGGAAUUAAUUUCCUCUCAACACAUGAUAAAAGAGAUAGGGUCAUAUUACUGAUAUCUGUAGAAAGUCCUUCUUUUAAAGAAUAUAACCUAAUUAUGCAUAAACGUAUUCAUAUGGGAGAGAAGCCAUAUCAUUGUGAUAUUUGUGAUAUAUCGUUCUCUGUAAGUAGUACAUUAACUAGACACAAACGUAUUCAUACAGGAGAGAAACCAUAUCCUUGUGAUAUCUGUGGUAAAUCAUUCUCUCAAAAUAGUAACUUAACUGUACACAAAUAUAUUCACACAGGAGAGAAACCAUAUCAUUGUGAUAUCUGUGGUAAAUCAUUCUCUAACAGUAGUCAGUUAUGUAGACACAAACGUAUUCAUACAGGAGAGAAACCAUAUCCUUGUGAUAUCUGUGGUAAAUCAUUCUCUCAAAAUUGUAGCUUAUCUAGACACAAACGUAUUCAUACAGGACAGAAAAUAUAUCAGUGCAAUAUCUGUGGUAAAUCAUUCUCUGAUAGUGGUUAUGUUCAUGUGCACAAACGUACUCAUACAGGAGAAAAACCAUAUCACUGUGAUAUCUGUGGUAAAUCAUUCUCUUACAGUGGUCACGUAUCUAGACACAAAUAUAUUCAUACAGGAGGGAAAACAUAUCAGUGCGAUAUCUGUGGCAAAUCAUUCUCGGAUAGUGGUUAUGUUAACGUGCACAAACGUAUUCAUACAGGAGAGAAACCAUAUCAUUGUGAUGUCUGUGGUAAAUCAUUCUCUCAUAGCCCUGCCUUAACUAUACAUAAACACAUUCAUACAGGAGAGAAACCAUAUGAUUGUGAUAUCUGUGGUAAAUCUUUCUCUAAGAGGUGUCACUUAUCUAGCCACAAACAUGUUCAUACAGGAGAGGGGCCAUAUCGUUGUAAUAUCUGUGGUAAAACAUUCUCUAAAUGUAAUGACUUAACUAAACACAAACAUAUUCAUACUGGAGAGAAAGGAAAAGGGUAGUUUCUUGUUUGGUAUAUAUUUUUAAUAUUCCUGUGUUUUGUGCUAUGGAAAAUAUCACUAAAGUGUUUCAAAAAUUUCUUUCUGUUUGAAAGGCCACUAAAUGUGGAACAUGACUGAGAGAGCCUUCCAGAACUGAACAUGAGAGAGGGUCUAGGGAGUCUUGUUUGUGACAUUUAAGAAUAUGAAGACUGAAAGCCCCUUGGUUCUCAGGAAUUACAUCUAAAAUGCUUCAGAUAUGUAGCAUAUUAAGAUACAGCCUUGUCACCAUAUAAUUAAUAAGGUCCAGGAAAAAUGUGCCAGUGAUAUGUGUAGCAGCAUCAUAAUGAAAAUGUUUCGAGGGUAAAGGAGAUGUCUUAGAAGUAAAUGCAGAGAUUUCAGAUUAUUGGACCAGGCUAUGAAAGUCAUUGAAAGAGUCAGUCCAGUUAAUUAGAAAGAGACUUAGCCUUGAUGAGAUGCAGUUUGGUUUCAUUUAGUAGAGAAGUACUAUUAGUACUCUGUUUAUAGUUUGGCAAUUUCAGAAGUAAACCACUGUACAUAUCAUCUCUCAACAUGGAGGAAGCAUCUGACAAGCUCACUCAUAUGGUACCUUCUUCAAAAGCCAGUAAAUGAAUGGUUUGCCACAGUUAAAAAUGAGUAUUUUGGAAUUACUCGGGGAGAUAUUGUGAAAACUGAGACGGUGUCCUGUCUCCUAGUCCUGCAUUAGUUGCAUAAACUUAGACUCUGUGGAUUUAGUGCUACACAGGAGAAGAUUUAGCUGCUGCUGGGAAGGCACAGCAUGUACCUCCAAACUACGCCUCCAACUGUGCGAACCAAAGCGUGACGUCACCAGUGAAAGAAGGAAAAUUGGAUAAACUCAUUUUCUGUCAGCGCAGAAAAAAGAAAAGAAAACGACAAAAGUGUUUUUAGAAAUAAUAGCGUGUGCGAGAAAAACAAAAUUCUGGAAUUAUGUACUGUAUGCACAAAUAAACAAAAAAUUUUGUCAGCAAACCUGUUUGUUUUUUUGUGCUGAAAGUAAACAGAACAA